GCAACAUCUCUCUCAAACACCAUCAACACUAGCACCGCAGAGGAGGCCCUCGCAUUCAUCCGAUAUCUCACAACUGUCACGACACCUGUGAUAGCUUCAGACAGCUUCACGAAUAACAGUAAGCGCAAGCGCAUACGACUGCCAUGAUCCGGGGCUUUGAAUAGCAUCCCGACCAUCCAUCGACGCGUAAUGUAACCUGGCUACACCAGUACAACCCAAAAUCAAGAGUCAAUUUAAAACACAGGGGAUACUUUGAUACAGGAAUAUCUGCAACCCUUUCAACCUUUCUUUUUAACCCGUUUUCUCUCUCAGGACCAAAGAGAAUCUCCGAAUCCGUCGCGAUGGGAAUGAAUGUGAAUACACCUUCCAUCUGUCAAUUCACGCAACAUAGCUAAUUCUAAGCAGGUGUUCCGAGUCCUGGCCGAUGUGGCUCAUACCCUCUCGAAAUGCAUUCUUAUAUACGCUAUUCAUCGAAACCGAAGCUCUGAGGGUGUCUCACUCAUUACCCAAACCCUCUACGCCCUUGUUUUCAUAACGCGUUACCUCGACAUCUUCGAACCCUACGCGUGGGGUAUGGUUUGGAACUUUUGUCUCAAGAUAUUUUACAUCUUUACGUCGUUGUAUAUCCUAUUCAUAAUGCUUCGGGUCUUUGCCCGAACUCGAGAAAGAGAGAAGGCAUGGAAGUUUGGGUUUGCUUGUCUGGUGGGAAGUGCUGUCAUGGCACCAUUCGUCAUGAUGAUCUUUGAGAAAUCGGAGAUGUGGCAUUUCAAGGAGGUUCGUAUUACCUUGGCAUGUUGGGCCUAAACACGGACAUCAAGAAUACAGCUGCUAAUUUUGGGUUCUACAAUAGAUGCUGUGGGUCUUUUCCAUCAUCCUUGAAUCGGUAUGCGUUCUUCCGCAACUAUUACUCCUCCGCCAGACUUCAGUACCGACUGUUAUCGAUUCCUUCUACCUGAUCACUUUGGGCUCAUAUCGUGGUCUGUACAUCCUGAAUUGGAUAUGGCGGGAAAUUUCUCCCCAUGGCCGAGGUCCGGAACCAAUUCCAAUCAUCUUCGGUGUUAUACAAACCGCGUUCUAUGUUGAUUUCUUCUGGGUCUACUACUCCAGACAAAGAGUCAAGCUGAGACACGGUGGUAUCGUGGAUGCCGAUGAUGUGAAGAAUGGUUGGAUCCUCAACAAGGUCUUUGGAAAUCGCAGAAUUGUAGGAAACAUCGAUGAUGAGGAGAGUGCUCCAGCAUUAGGCGGCGAUGGCCCAGCCCCACCUCGCGCAGGCUCGAAUUGGGGUUCUAGGGGAAUUAGCGUGUCCGCUGAUGACGGCGUGUUGGAGAACGAAAGCGAUAGGGUGUUCCAGGAACAGGAAGAUGGUGUCGUGGAUACUACAGAUGCGAAAAUGAAGGAUCCUGAUGAGCUGGCUAGGGUCUUGGACGAAGACGAUGACAGCGACGAUGGCAUAUUGCCAGGUAGUAGCAGCGGAGGCUCUGAGCCGGUUGGCAACGGAUCCGAAUGGCGAGAUGGAAGCAAGUAA